GACACCGGAGCGCAGCAGCAGCAGAGGCGCAGUCUGACUCUUCUCCACUUCGUCGGGAUCGCAUGACGAUCACUUUUCUUUUAUCUCGGUUACUGAUCAUUGUUUUCAUGGAUAAGUACACCUCUGCUUUAUCACCGGCGCUGGACAUCGGCACCGGCUGCUACCUGCUGGUCUUAACUGUGCUCUCCAUUGUGGGAAACCUGCUAGUCCUUAUCAUGGCAUUCAAAAGGUCGUCCAGGAUGAAACCGCCGGAGCUGCUGAGUGUGAAUCUAGCCAUGACAGACCUGGGAGCAGCUGUCACCAUGUACCCUCUAGCUGUGGCGUCUGCCUGGAGCCAUCGCUGGCUUGGGGGAGAUGUUUCCUGUGUCUAUUAUGGCCUGGCAGGAUUCUUCUUUGGUAUGGCCAGCAUCAUGAACCUCACCAUCUUGGCUAUUGUGCGCUUGAUUGUGUCCCUCAACCUGCAGUCACCUAGGGAGAAAAUCAGUUGGAAGAAGGUGAAGAUGCUGUGCCUGUGGUCCUGGCUGUAUGCUUUGAUCUGGGCUCUGUUUCCCAUAGUGGGCUGGGGUCGAUACGGCCCAGAACCCUUUGGCCUGUCCUGCUCACUUGCCUGGGGCCAGAUGAAAUAUGAGGGAUUCUCUUUUGUUAUCUCCCUGUUCUUCUUCAACCUGGUCAUGCCUACUGUCAUCAUCCUCUGCUGCUACUUUGGCAUCGCCAUCAAACUCUAUUUCACCUACAAAAAGUCGAUGCACAACAGCCACAGAAUCCCCAACAUCGUCAAGCUCCAUCGGAGGCUGUUACUAAUUGCUGUUUUGAUCAGUACAGGCUUCAUAGGCUGUUGGACACCCUACGGUUUGGUAAGCCUGUGGUCCAUUUUCCGUGACAGCAGCACCAUCCCACCUGAAGUCAGCCUGCUGCCGUGCAUGUUUGCAAAGAGCUCUACUGUAUACAAUCCUGUGAUCUACUACUUCUUCAGCCAAAGCUUCAAAAGGGAGGUCAAUCAGCUGUCGUGGCUGUGUUUAUGUUGUAAGACAUGCAAAGUCUCCAACACGAUCAAUGACAACAAUAUUUACAUGGUUAGUGCUAGCAUCAAGCCCAAAGAACAACCACAGUCUACCUUGCAGGAAAUCACAGAGUCCAAGUCAGUGACUUUGGGUUGAAAGACUGGGUUGUUUUUUGGAACACACUUGGGAACAAAGACUGAGUUGGAAAAAGAACUGCAAAUGUGUGGAGUAAAUAAUGUGUCAUCAGGACAGAAAGAAGUUUUUUUUUUCUCCAAAUGGUGUGUGGUAUUAUACCACAGCAGAGUAAUACUUGGCCCUUUUCUGACUGGCCAUGACAUGUGGGAGGAUGUGUUUGCACAAUGUAUUAAAUGCUGUGAAUGUGGAGCCAACAAAAGCUAUAAUAUAGAGUCAAAUUUGUGCUCACAGUUGGUGAAACCCUGCUAUGAGAUUGCAUUUCAGAGACAGAGCUGCUGAGCACACCCGUGCCCUUGAAGAACUCACCACAGUAAACAUCUUUUUGUUAUUUACUACAUAUACACACAUACACAACGAGAUGUGAAAGAGGCAGAGGAGUGAGAAGAAAAUCAACUGCCACGUAUACUCAAACUGUAUGCUGUGUCCAAAUGUGCACUCUGGAGUGAUGUAGGUUGUGAACAAUCAAAACUUAAGGCUACUCUUUUUAUUGUUGUCACCACAUUUUACUGCAGUGUUUCCCACAGGCUGUUACCAGUGGAAAUGCAUUAUUUUAGGGGAAGGUUCUUUUCCAUCCAAUUUACAGAUAUAAAAGCCAAAUGCUUCGCAUACAAACUUUCAGUAGAUGCUAUACUUUCCCAGUGUUUCCAAAUACUCAGCACAUUUCGACCUGAUGUGCUAAGUAUUGGUAGAUGGCUGUUGGAAUGAGCUGGUGCCAUUAAAUAGCUUUUAACCAAGAAUAGCCAAUCCCUAAUUUACACUCCCUGGCUUUAAGUCCCAACCAGUAGUGUGAAGAAGAUUGAAUGAAUGGUUGUUGAAAGGUGGCUCCUUCAUUUAAAAGUGAGAUAUAAACCAAAGGUUGCGCAGAAAAAUACAACAAAAACCUUGAACAGAGCAAAAAAAAAGGGUGAUUUUUACUUUAAAGUGGACCUAUUCUGCUUUUCCUGAUCAUGUCACAUAUAUACUGUUUUGGUAGUGGAUGCUUUAAUUAAACAUGGCCAAAGUUUCAAAUACUGGGUUCAACUGAAGUCCCGGUGAACCAAAACACUGUCCUAAAUGUUCAGUGUCCAACUUGCUUUCUCUUUUCUUGGAUCUGUUUGAUGUCAGAGAGACAGAAUAUGGUCAUCUCAGUACGGAACAGGA